AUCGAUCCACAAGAGAUGGUUCCCAGCAGGAAGAACACUGUUUUCGUGGAUGGAGUCAUACUGAAUGGCCCCACAACAGAUGCAAGAGCAGGGGAAAAAUUUGUCGAAGAGGCCUGUAGACUAAUAAUGGAAGAGGUGGUUUUGAAGGCUACAGACAUCAAUGAGAAGGUCUGUGAGUGGCGGCCCCCUGAACAGCUGAAACAGCUUCUCGACUUGGAGCUAAGGGACACAGGAGAGCCACACCAGCGGCUGUUGGAACUCUGCCAGGACGUCAUACGCUACAGCGUCAAGACCAACCAUCCAAGAUUUUUCAACCAGUUAUAUGCUGGACUUGAUUAUUACUCCUUGGUGGCCAGAUUUAUGACAGAAGCAUUAAACCCAAGUGUUUAUACGUAUGAGGUGUCCCCAGUGUUUCUGUUAGUGGAAGAAGCAGUUCUGAAGAAAAUGAUUGAAUUUAUUGGCUGGAAAGAAGGGGAUGGAAUAUUUAACCCAGGUGGUUCAGUGUCCAAUAUGUAUGCCAUGAAUUUAGCCAGAUACAAGUACUGUCCUGAUAUUAAAGAAAAGGGGCUGUCUGGCUUGCCAAGAUUAAUCCUUUUCACAUCGGCAGAGUGUCAUUACUCUAUGAAGAAGGCGGCCUCCUUUCUUGGGAUUGGCACUGAGAAUGCUUGCUUUGUGGAAACAGAUGGAAGAGGUAAGAUGAUACCUGAGGAGCUGGAGAGGCAAGUGUGGCAAGCCAAGAAAGAGGGUGCAGCUCCAUUCCUUGUCUGUGCCACAUCUGGUACCACGGUAUUGGGGGCCUUCGAUCCUCUGGAUGAGAUAGCGGACAUCUGCGAGAGGCAUGGCCUCUGGCUCCACGUGGAUGCUUCCUGGGGUGGCUCAGCCUUGAUGUCAAGGAAGCACCGCAAGCUUCUGCACGGCAUCCACAGGGCUGAUUCUGUGGCAUGGAAUCCACACAAGAUGCUGAUGGCUGGGAUUCAGUGCUGUGCUUUCCUUGUAAAAGACAAAUCUGACCUUCUUAAGAAAUGCUACUCUGCCAAGGCAUCUUACCUCUUCCAACAGGAUAAAUUCUAUGAUGUCAGCUAUGACACGGGAGACAAGUCUAUCCAAUGUAGCAGAAGACCAGACGCAUUCAAGUUCUGGAUGACCUGGAAGGCCCUGGGCACAUUAGGCCUUGAAGAAAAAGUUAAUCGCGCUCUUGCUUUAUCUAGGUACCUAGUAGAAGAAAUCAAGAAAAGAGAAGGAUUCAAAUUACUGAUGGAACCUGAAUAUGCCAAUGUUUGCUUUUGGUACAUUCCACCGAGCCUCAGAGAGAUGGAGGAAGGACCUGAAUUCUGGGCAAAACUUCAUUUGGUGGCCCCGGCCAUUAAGGAGCGGAUGAUGAAGAAGGGGAGCCUCAUGCUGGGCUACCAGCCCCACCGGGGGAAGGUCAACUUCUUCCGGCAGGUGCUGAUCAGCCCUCAAGUCAGACGGGAGGACAUGGACUUCCUCCUGGAUGAGAUAGACCUUCUGGGUAGGGACAUGUAGCUGUGGUUUUUGAUCCCCCAGAGGCAC